CGCCGAGGUGACAAAUUUGUCAAGGAAAAGCAACCGGGGAAGUCACAAAUUGGAAAGCAUGAUUGUGGUUUGUAGGUCAAUCAGACCUUUCUCAUUACCUCUAGGUUACAACUUUGCGUGAUCUGUCCUUUCUGCUCAAAUGUCUGUUUCGCAAUCCUGCAUCGUUUUAGACCUUGAGGAACUCCUUGCCACCGCGAUCACCUUCAAGCCAGCUUUUGGUAGCCCAGCUAUCCCUGAAAAGCCGAUCCCCCAUGCAAGCGAACCACCUCAGAAACAGACUCUAAGUCAGAUCCGCAAGAAGACCAUCCUGGAGACGCCCAAAGUCAGAACACCCCAGCAAUCCUCUGACUUCGAGGCUUCCCCGGCCUCGUCUGACACCGCGAAGUCCUCCAUGUCCCCCGCACCGUUUUCCUUCAGGGGCGCACCGCUGGAACCCGGACCAAGACCGGAUCUGUUCGCUACAUCAAGACUCAGCUUAGUCGAUAGGCAACGCCGUGAUAACGACCAGAAACCAUUGGAUACGUCUCUGUUGCGCGGCCAAGUCCGUGUAGCUGGUGUUGUGCAGGUGUGUGUACAUGUAGCUACCUUUGUCUGGAGGUGUGCCAUCUUCUGCCGAGGCAGUCCUGCAGCUUUGCUUUGAGACAUGAGGGCUUUGGUUCUGGAACCAAAUUCGUAUGUUUGAUGUCCAAGGUUGGCAAGGCUCUUUACUGUUUGUUAAUGUUGUUUCUUUCUGUUGUUCUCCCUCUACCUUGUGGCAGCAACCCAAAUGCUCAUCUUCUCUUGCUUUACUUUGCUUUGCUCGAGUACUCUCUAUCCCAUUCCCAUCGUCAAACACUCAGCAAUGCGAAACCGAUCUCACUUUGAAUUGGGAACCAAACUCCUGGCUAAAACAAAGCAUCAAAACGUUAUUGAACUGUAUCUCCGCAACUCAUAGUCCUUUCAAAUUUCCAGUAGUUCCUAUGUUACCCUCUUGAGCCUCGCCUAGGUAGACCGUCCCACCAAUUUCGUCGUCGAGAUCUUGAUAUCCUCAUCCAACCUUUUGUUUCCGUUCUUGAG